AUGAAAAUUAUUUACAACUUGGGAGAAACUAGUUCAGUAUAUUUAAAAUGUUUCGUUUCCUCUUUUAAGGAUGGGAAAUCGGUAUUAGAUAGUACUACUACUACUACUACUACUACUACUACUACUACUACUACUACUACUACUACUACUACUACUACUACUACUACUACUACUACUACUACUACUACUACUACUACUACUACUACUACUACUACUACUACUACUACUACUACUACUACUACUACUACUACUACUACUACUACUACUAUUCCAA